AACUGUCUGUAGCUGUCAGUCUAGCACCCACACUUGCAGAAGCAACAUUAUUUUUGGCUUAUUCAACUCGGGUGACUCAUUGUUUGUCUUCUAAAAUAAAGAACUUUUCGUACACUCUAAAAUCUCGACUCGCCAAAACAUCAUUGUCCUCAUCGUUAAUAUUAAUUGGACACACCUCAUCAACAAAUAAUGGGACCACAAUGUGUUCAGAUACAGUGCCACAUUCUACAGUCACACUUGGAGCUCACAAGACAUUUCUGUGAGUUCCUCUUCAUCUUAUUCUAAUCUGUCAGUCAGUGAUUGGUCAUCAGAAGUUUUACGUAGAUAGCUGCAGCCAAUUGAGUUUGAUUCCAAUGGUUCCAAAAGCCUCCAAGAUGCCAGAACUACACGUAUAUAAGGAUGCAACAGCAUUGGAAACCUCAUCGACACAGAGAGCUGGGAGAGAGAGAGGUGGGAACAGCAGCAGGAUAUGCCCACCUUCACUGUGAAACGUGACACUAAUGAUGAAUUGUUUUCUUGGGUUUCAGAUUCGAGGAAAGAAACAUGAUGCUGGUGUGGGUUUUGGUGCUGACCGCACUGCUUGCCAGUGAUGUGGCAGAGACAACAGAUUCCUUGGGAUCGGAGAAGACUCAGAAUCACCUUGAAAAACGAGACAUAGUCAAAGGACCGUGUGAUGAAGACUGGUUUCAUUAUCCUACCUUAAAUUCCUGUUACCGUAGGUUUAGUGACAAAAAGACAUGGUCAGAUGCUAAGGUGUUCUGCAAUCACCAACCACAUUCCGGACAUCUGGCCACUAUAACCUCGAGUGAUCACAACAUAUUCAUUAACAACGUGAUUUAUGCAGUGAACAACAAGAAACCAAGUACUUGGAUUGGCCUAAACGACAGAUGCGAGGAAAGGAAUUUCACAUGGACUGAUGGAUCUGCAUCAAGUUACCGACACUGGCUUUUGGGUGAACCUAAUGAUAUUAACAGCGAAGAUUGCGUGGUAAUUAACUUUAGAGAAGUGGGAGUCUGGAAUGAUAUUUCCUGUGUGUUAAAACAUGAUUUUGUUUGUUCCUACAAACUGGACUGUAAUUAGAAGACUCCAGUAUCGUCCACACAUCCUUUCCAGCAUUGGAUCCAGUGCUUUGAUUUCUUUGUAGCCGCUCUCACUGUCAGUGCUGACUGUACUCACUGAGCUUCUCAGCCAAUAAUAAAGAGAACUGCAACAUGAGCUGUGUGUUUGGUGCUGUGUGAGUCCAGUUUCUCACAGCCUUCUUGUCCCACUGUUGCUUCCUCCCCACCUCUGCACUCAGUGCUGCGCUGAGGAGUUAGUGGAAUAGUUGCAGGGAGAGAGCUUUCAC